AUGACGUCCUUUAGGCAAACGGAAAACUGCUUUCAUCAAUAUUUACUAUCGUCAGUGUUAAAUAAUGAGGCAUGCGAUGAUACUUGGGACAGUGAUCAUGUUCAAAUGCCCUGUUCACCAAACAAUUUAAUGAGUGAUGGAACUAGCCGAUGGUCGAAAAUAUGUGCGAUGCUAACCGCUUUGAAACAAGCUUGUGAAUUAAAAACAGUUAGCUUAGAACAUCUUAAAUUAGUAUUAACAAGUUACUCACAACGAAUUAUCAAGAUUGAAUGUUUAGAACAAUUAUUAAAUCAGUAUACAAGCAACGAACGAGCGCGUUUUCUAACAGUUGUUUUACCAAAUAUUAUUGAAUUAGUAUUGCAUGUGCAAAGUAUUUGUCGUCAAACGCCUAUUUUGUUAAAAGCUAAUACAAAUCGUGCAAUUACAAUGUCUCAAAAACAAUGCGCAUCGCUGUUAGCCUGUGCAUUUUUAUGUGUAUAUCCAAACCGUAGAAAAAAUACAAAUUAUCAAUCUAUCAAUUUUGAUGUCAAAUUAUUUGAUGUAUCGCUGUAUUUUCAAGUGCCCGAUGGUGUUGUAACAUUUCGUCGUUCUUGCUUAUCCAUGUCGAUGAUACCUGUUUGGGAUCAGUCAACAAAGCCUUUAGCUACGCUACAUUUACCAGAAUUAGGAAAAAUCGAAGACAUGAAGGGUUAUGUGCAAGUUGAUUUCGUGAAUAAGUAUAUCGGUGGUACAGUUUUACAAAACGGGUGUGUCCAAGAAGUCAUUCGUUUUGUUAUCUGUCCAGAAAUGAUUAUCGCAUUAUUGCUUUGUGAAGAAUUGACGGAUAAUGAAAAUGUUUCCGCAACGGGUUGUGAACGAUUUUGUUCUUAUGGUGGCGAUGCAGAUACAUUCUAUUAUAAUGGAGAUUAUGUUGAUCAAACAGUAAAAGAUCAUUUAGGACAGCGCACCUGUCAAGUGGUAAUAGUAAAUACGAAUCAUUUUCAACAUGUUGCCAUAGAAUAUCAGACUGACAAUAUUGAACGUGAAUUGGCAAAUUCUUAUUGUGCAUUUGCUUCUUUAGGAAAAGGAAUAAGAUAUGGUGUAAAAGGAGUGACGACUGCUAAAAAAAGAUGUGAAGUUUUUCAUGGAAGUCAAGAGUUAAAAGCUCUUAUUCAGCUAAUAGCAGCAUCUGAAGUACAAUGCGAUAUGAUCUAUUUUGCAUUGGAUGAUCCAUUAUUUCGUACAAAAUUUCUCGAUGUUUACAAUCAUAUAUUAAAAAAUAAACUUUGUGUAAAGGAUGUUCAUCAUUUAACGGUUCAAUACGGUGAAUUAAGAGAGAAGCCCAAAAUGCCAUUAUUUGAUUUCAUCGUAAAAUCGAAUAUAAACACGGUUAUACGUAUACAACAGACAAGGGAUCUGCCGUUCACUGUCGACCACGGUGUGUCUCUUCAUCACGAAUUAUUGGAUAAUGUUGCUACCAAUGAAUUUGUUCAAGAUACAAAAAGAAAACGUGUUACAAUAUCAAAUGAAACGAAUAUAAAUAGUAAAAUUUCCAGAACAUGUGAUACCCGAAUGGUCAUUAGUGACGAUUUCGAUGAUAUGAGUAUGGAUCGAGAAAAUGAUAGUUUUCGUUCUGAAAAAAAUGAAAACGAUACUGCGGACAAUUCUUCUGGAAAUUCACCUGAAGACAUUGAUCAAUCACAGAAUUUAUUCGAUUUAUCGUCUAUUACAAUUGGUACAUCAACAAAAAAAGAAUUUAAUCACACUUUAGCACUAACUUAUGAAUUUGAAUUGACGGAGAUUGAUUUAUCGAAGUUAAGUAAUAUUCGUAAUCAUCUAAAGAUACCUAAUAAAGUAUCUAAAAUUCAAAAACAACAACAUGAGAAUACAUCGGCGAAUAACAAUAAACAUCGUGUAAAUGUAGAAUAUUUUUAUGUUUUACUUCCAUAUUUAAAAAAGUUUAAUCCCUAUUGUGGUUUGUGUAUUCAACAACGAUAUUUUGGAAAACGAUCAAUGCCUCAUGAUCUACUGUUGAAAUGUCUUCUAACAUGCAAUGGGCGACCAAAUUGUAAAUUUCGUUGUUCUCUUGCUGUUCAAAAUAGUGGUCAAUGUACGAUAAUAUGUGCAAAUAAUGAAAUUAAUCAUUCAAAAAAACAACGUAUAUGCCGUCCGAUUCGUGCACCCAUUCGAAACGUCUUAAAAGAUAAAUUUAAAGCUGGAGCAACGGUAAAGAAUGUACAUGAUCAAUAUGCAAGUGAACGAACAUUAUCAGAAAAAUCAUCCUUUAAUUAUGAUUUAAUUGGUACAUCUCAAAAAAUAUUUAAGAAAAUAAAAGCCGAAGCUAUGAAUAGUGUAGAUCAAAAUCGAAAAAAUUCAUAA